AUGAAUAACAGUGAAGAUCCGUUUCAACAAGUCGUCAAGGAUACCAAAGAGCAAUUGGACCGCUUGGGAAACUAUAUAACCCGUCACAACACCGCCGGUGAUGAUGAUCAAGAGGGGGAAAUACAGGAUAUUUUAAAGGAUGUUGAGGAAACAAUAGUGGAUUUAGACCGAAGUAUAAUCGUCAUGAAAAGGGAUGAAAGCGAAGAUGUGUCUGACAGAGAGACACAAGUUAAGGACAUAAAACAACAAUUUGAUGGCUUGAAAACGCGUUUCGAUCAAAGGAUACAAGAAUCUACUCAGACAACUAUUCCACUAGAUGAAACAGAGGAAAAUCCGACGGUUUCCAACACUAAUAAUGACGGCGGUAUGUCCAACCCAUUUCAAGAACAAAUGAUAAGGGAACAGGAUGUUCAUUUGGACGGUAUUCAUAAGACAAUGCAGAAUUUGCAUAUCCAAGCCCAAACAAUGGGGGAUGAGUUAGAAAAUCAAGGACAAUUAUUGGAUGAUAUGGAUGAAGGUAUGGACACUGUUGUCAAUAAGUUAGCAAGGGGCCGUAGACAGUUAGAAUGGGUUUAUGAGAAGAACAAAGAAAAAUAUGAUGACUGUUGUAUAGGACUACUCAUCGUUGUCUUGAUAAUCUUAUUAAUUUUGGCAUUUAUUGCUUAA